AAUCCAUAUUCCCAUUGCAGUCCCAAAAGUUCACCAUUGUCGGGGAAAUUCCUUCAUUGGCUACCAGAGGUUGCCUUGCCCAGAUGGUUAUAUUUUGGGGAGUGGAGUGAACUGGACAAGGGAGAGUGGAGAGAGACACAAAAUGCUGAAUUCAGCAGGUCAGACAGCAUCUCUGGAGAAUAGGAAUUGGUGAAUUUUUCAAGUCAAGUCCCUUCUUCAGACUCCCUAGUUGCGUUGCUGAUUUUCCUCUUGCUUUUGCUACUCCCUUGACCCCUUUUCACUGACCCCUCUAAGUCUGAAGAAGGGUCUCGACCCGAAACGCUGUCUAUUCCUUCUCUCCAGAGAUGCUGCCUGCCCCGCUGAGUUACUCCAGCUUUUUGUGUAGGUAUCUUGGGUUUAAACCAGCAUCUGCAGUUCCUUCCUACACAGAAGAAAAUGUAGAAUGGUUCAUUGUUGGCUGAGGAGAAGGUGACAAGGAGACAUACAAUCAGUAAAAUUAAUCAAAUUGACAGUGAGACUAGUCGGAGAACUAGGGUGGGGGAGGGAUAGAAAUCGAGGGAAUACAAGGGUUACUUGAAGUUGGAGAAAUCAUGAUUGAUACCGCUGGGUUGUAAGCUGCCCAAGUGAAAGAGGCAAAAACAACAGGUAAGCCACCUGUCGUCUGGGCUGCCGCACCUGUGCACCAGCUGCUGGACCUGAACCACCAGAGGACCAUGGUUGGGUUGUUGGGAUAGAAGUUCCAAAGAAAUCCUAUUGAUUUUAGUCGCAGCUUUUCAAGAACAGCACGUGAGAUAUCCCAUUUCUUCUACAACGGUACAUCCAACAUAUCAUGCACUGGAUAUUUCUACAGCAGUUUACUUUGAAUAGGUCAUUGGUCUGACCAAGAGAAUGUACCGAGAUUGGCGGGUGAUCAGCAUUUAACUCAAUGAGCACAAGUAUGCUACUCUUGUCAAAACUGAGUACUUUUGCGGGAUGUCAUCAACGUUUUUGGAGCAUGACGUCAUUGCUCUCAGGGCAAAUUUAAUCAACUGCAAGUUGAAAACAGUUAACUAAUUUGGCUGCAACAUUAAACAAGAUAUGAUUUUCCUAUACAUGUGAUGAAAUCAAGAAAAUCCUUUUGAUGCAGACAUUUCUGAUCCAUUUCUGUGAAUUAGUACUGUAUCUUUACAAGGAUCAAUCAAUUAAACCUCUUAGCACUCUAAAAAACGAUAACAAUGGAUGAAAAUAAGGAUCCUACACAGAGAAGAGGAAUACAGUUUAACUCAGGAGAUUGCAACCAACUGAAAGAAGUGUCAAAGAGACCAUUUUCACAGGAGCAAGGAGAACAUUUUCACUUAAAUUUAUAUGACUCAUUGGAGUCUGAUUCUGACAGUUUAAUUCAAGAGAAACAAUACCAACUGGAGCUGAAACAUCGCAUUCAGAAUAAUGAAGAAAUGGUAUUUCAAACUUUAGACACUGAUAUGCAGAAUGGAGAUGGUGAAGGCCAGGAUUUCUACGAUAGUCUUGAAGAAACAGAAGACGAAAAUGAGUUUGACGGAAACAAAUUUGAAGCUGAACACAAGCAUAGUAAAAAAACAAGAAAUCACCUGAGAGACAGAUAUGCCAGCCUAAGGUAUAAUCCUAAUUGGAGGAAUACCAGAGAGGGAGAAGAAAUUCUAUUGUCUAAGGAGGUGAUUCAACAACAAAGCCCACAUCUUAAUGAUUCGCUGAUGACUUUGCUCCAAGAGUCAAAUGACCUUUUGGAGAAUAAUGUUGCAAGGUCCCAUGAAUUUGAGCAACUAGAUUUAUCAGAACAUAAAAGGCUAUCAUAUAAAUCUCAAGGAAGUAGAUUUGGUUUCAAAGGAAAUGUUAAUAAUGUAGAGAAACAACCUAAAAGAAAAAGACCUCCUUCUCCUUGUAAAUUUGGUGGCAGCAGUCAAGAAGAAUGUGACUCUUUAGAUUCUUCUGCCUCUUAUGAUGAAAAUAAUACAACUGAUUUGCAUGACCACAGAAAAAGUGGAUCAGAAUAUAUUACAAAAACUGCGCUGUGGAAUAAAUACGGGAAAAAUAAAUGUCGCAAUCGAACAAGUGACAAUGAAAUGUUGAAGGAUCAUAAAUAUAAACGCUUUGACUUAUUGGAACAGAAGAAACAAAUAGGUAGAUCUCAAGGAGUUAGAUUUCGUUUGAAAGAGAAUGAUAACAAUGAAGAGAAAUCGACUAAAAGGAAAAGACCACCUUCUCCUUAUUGUAAAAAUACUGAAAGCAGUCAAGAAGAAUGUGACUCCCCCGAUUCACUUGGAUCUUAUGAGACCAAUAAGAGUGAUUCACAAAAGGAUAGAAAAUUAGCACCAGAUAGAAUUACAGAAACAGAAUCCCAGGAAAACCAUGGGAAAAAUAAAUCACGCCACGAAGACAACGUUGAAAAUUUGAACGAUCACUAUGAGAAAGAGUACACACGGUACCGGGAGCAUGAAUCAAUGCAUGGUGAUGGAAACGUGCAUAGGGUUAAAAACAGAAAGAUCCCUGCAGUCUCUUAUGACAGAAAAUUACAAAUGAAAGAAACAUCACAGAAUGAUAUUGUGGAACGUAAUAAGCAAACUCUGGGAGCACGCAAAUUAACCUCAUAUCAACAAUUAUACAAUGAAAAGAAGACCAAAAGUACUCAGGAGGUAUCCACUGCCAAAAGUUCCAACACCAUGACCAUUGAGGAGUCCAAGCAAAAUACUGUCGAGGAUCAGGAGAACAACAGUAUUGAGAUGAAAUGGAAGCAAAGAGCACAGAAGUUACAGAACUGCAAGACAAAACAAUUAUCCACUAAGAAAAAAGGAUUAACGAAAAUAGUGAGAGAAAAACCUCCACGACCGCCUAAUAAGCCUUUGCCUAUCCAGCAAGUGCAGAAAACUCAUCAUGACGAGAAGCGGCGACAUAUAGAAGAUGUGGAGGUUCAUCAGAAUAAAAAUACAUCUGAGUUGCUAAUAAUUGACAGAGAUGAUAACUGUGUUCCAUUGACUCCCGGCAGUGAUAAUACAUUUUCGUCAGUAUCCCUCAGUCAUGUUGGUCCAGCUGUUAUUCCCAAUUGUCAGCCAACAGUGAAUCUCAACAUUCAUUUAAAUACUUCUUCAGAUUUUGUCCCAAGUAUAUCUGGUGAUAAUGCACAAACAACUGUUACGCUGGUUCCAUCACGUCACCCAAUGAACCAUGGCUCUUCAUAUUACAAAACCCACAAUAUUUAUAAUGCUCUGCAGCCCCAAAAUCCUGUUCCAUAUCUUCAAGACUAUCAAAGGAUCAUUCGCAAUCCAAACCAGCACAACAAUGACCCAUCAAAAUUUUCAACAGCUUUCAAUGCACAAGAAAAGGCACAGUAUCAACUCAUGUGUAAUGCACAAGACCCUUUUCAAGCACUCUAUACACAGGCUCAUCAUGAUCUAAUGGUCAAUCCUAAUUAUCAUCAGGCUGCAUAUCCUAGAGCAUUAGCAGCAGUUCCUUACAAUCAUACCAGGUCAAAUCCAAUACCUUAUUCAGUGAACCAGGAAAAAGUGAUAAGAGAAGAUAACCAUCUUGGAAAGGAACAUGGAAAUUCGGGGUUUACUACACUACCCUUUCUAACUUCGCAACAACAGUAUUUGGUUCAAUCUCCAAGCACACGGCUCAUUCAGCAAAUGGAAAACAUUUAUAAAGACACGCCACGUCUGGCUCACACACAUCCCAAUUCCUGCCUGGUGCUACCAUCCAUUUAUCCCAUGGCGGGGAGUGACUCCGAACUGGACACUGGAAGAAACAAUAAAAUACCGACAACUAUGACGCGCUGUAACUCAGAUGGCUACUUGGCACAAAUGGAGAAAGUUAAUAAGCUCAAGGAAAAUAAAGAUUUCAAGCCUUUUACAGUCCACGACAACAAGGACCUAAAACAGGACGUGAAACUUGGAGGCUUGGGACCUGACUAUACAUCUUCUCAGGACAAAGCAAAGAAAAUGAAACGACAAAAGGAAUAUGCAAAGCAAGUUAACGAACAGAACCUGAAAGGCGGAUGCAAAUCAUCUACCUCCCUGCCGAACCAAUCACCAAGCAUUGAAAAUAAAAAUAUUACUUCAAGCCGGAAAGUGGCAAUAGAAUAUGCUAAAACGAUUCAAAAACCAAAACCAGUUCCAGCUAAUUCCAAGAUGGCCAGUGAGUUGGAAGAUCAGAAUCAAUUAACAAAACUUGAUCACUGUGUACAACUGUGCCCACCUGAAAAUACAAUGCUUGAGAUGCUGCAGGAACGACAUGAAAAGGAGAAGCAAAUUGUGGCAGCCUUUAAAGCAAUGCAUGUGACCUGAUGACAAGAAAUAUUGAAACAUUAUAUAUUUAUGGAUAAAUACUGAAAGACUUAUAAUGUCAUGCUAAUUACAAUCUAAGUUUUUUUUAAAUAUUGCAAUUGUAUUUGUCAUGUCAUAGAGCAAUCUAUGACAAAUGAUGGAGUCUCUGCAGACUGCAUGAAGAUGGUGAAAGUGA